AUGUGCGUAUUAUCGAGAGAGGAGGGCUCCGGCACCUACUUCCACCGCGCGGUUUCCGGAUUCUUGCAACUCUCUCUCCAUCAGACAGACACAACUUCCACGAAGCAGAGCAGCCACCACAACAACCAGCUCACCACCGGCACUCGCUUCCGCUGCACGACUUCCACAGCGCAACCUCCCCUUCCACCUCACCUAUCUCACGCACCCUUCGAGAUCAACCGCAAGAUCUUCUCCGUUGCUUCCAGCACGACCACGCCUUCAGCCUCCAUCUCUCACACACUUCCCUCAAGAUCACCUCAUUGUCGCCCAUCGCACGCUACAAUGGCCUCAAACAACACCAACGACGCCGCCGCCGCCUUGAGGCAAGGUUUCUUCGACAUCAUGGGCUACUAUCCAGAGUUGCCAGAGCAGCGCGACGACACGUCAGAGCAAGAGCGAGCGAGCGAUGCGAACCAGAAUUCCACCGAAGCGACUGAAGAGCCUCCAACCCCUGAUCCCUCUGGCGCGACUGCCGAGCCCGCGAAUCUCACAGAAACCGAGCUUCCACCAGACUGGUUCGUGCAGGCUUUUGGUAUGGACGAGAACACGAAUCCCUUCGAAGCGGGCGCUCAAGACUCGAGUUCAACCGCGCAGCCCGCCCAAGAGGAAGCAGGUACUGACCAAGAUGACAACCCUGCGAACUCUGGCUUCGACGUGAGCACUCAAGCUCCCCCGAAUUUGACGAACCAGAGCAGUCCACGUUUUCCGCCUUCCACGAGCGCACCUUUUGCACAUCCUCCACGCACACAAGCACCUCUUCAUCCCUCGUUUGGGCAACUUGGCGGUGCUACUGGCAAUCAGCCCAUCCCGCUUGCUGCUCCUUUCGGGCUUGAGAGUUUUGGGGAAGCAGGUGAGGUUGUGACAGCUGGUUCCUCGACCAGAGCGUCACAGCCACCGCACAGAAACGGUGCCGCGCCGAGAGUUCCAUUACCAUCCAGCCCAGUCCUUCCCGUUGUACAGCCCGCGAAUCCAGUUGAAAUGACGGAAUCAGAGAGGCGCUUAAAGGCGGCGGCACAGGGCAGAGUGGUACCUCCUCUCCGACGAGUACCUCUGACGCCAGAGACGAGAGGCAAAAGUGGACCCAAGCCAGGGAAUCGACGGCAAAGAGUCUCGAACUUUGAUUCUCAGCCUGGCAGCGGUUCGUCUGCUUCUCCUGUCGUUGCACCGGACCAGGCGUUCAUGAACUUCCCACCAGUGCAGCAGCCAACUCAGCAGGCGAGCCAGCAGGUGCGGCCUCCUCGGCAGAAAGACGUAGUAGACCUCACCGACUCACCACCACCAACGCGAGGCAACGUGUUUGCGACCGCGUCUGCAAGAGCUCAAGGCUCACCAACGUCCUUGCCUUCCUCGUCCUCCGGCGGUAGUGGCAGGAAGCGGAAAGCCAGAGAGCCGAGAGGUGAGGCAAAUAAGCGAGCAAAGCUGCUCACUGGGAUGGUCGAUAGCACCGAGCGAACGACGCAAGAGACUUUGGCUUGGUUCGGGCGUGCAUUCGACACGCCAAUGCCUGCCGACUUCUCCGCGAGCGGCGCGAAGGCCAUCCAGCAAGUCCCGUCACUAGAGGAGGCCCAAGGCAUUGUUCGUUUGGAAUCACCGCACUUAAGGUACUACAAGUUGCGCAUCCAUCCAGAACGCGAUAACACCGACGAGGUCGAAGGUGAGCACCUUGAGAAUGUGCGCAAGACCUUGCUCGCCUGUCUACAGCACCCUCCCAUGCCGGCGCCAAGUGAGCACAAGUUCCGCGAGACGUACGACCACAAUCAUCAGUGUCAGUACAACGACCUCAUAAGCAAGCUGGCGAACGACCAGAGCCACUUGGACGCAGCGGCAAGGCUGUUCCUCCUCAUCGAUGCAGUGAAGGAGGUCCAUCGACACGGUAUUGCCAUGCCGCAACUCAACGCCACGAAGUUCGACACUCCAGAGAAGAUCGCUAGCCCGUGGCUUCCUGAAGAUGCGCGAACGAGGAGCUGUGACAAGCCAAUCGAUCAGACCAUCACCUGUGUGACACGGCUGUCUAGGAUUGCGGAGGCUAUCAAGGUCAACAAGUGGAUAGCCAACGAUGUCAUGAAAGGGACAUGCGCCGACGAUUGGAUUCUGUUGAUCUGCAACCCAGCUCAGUGCCUCGAGCUGAAGGCAACGAACUGGGAGAGCAACAACAAGAAAAGCAUGAAUGAGGCAGAGCGUCGUCGUCGGAAGGCUGCAGAGGAAGCACAGCAAGAGCAGGAAGUAGUCAACUUGGAUAGCGACGACUGA